GUUAGUUGAAGAAGAUUAUUUAGUAAGUAUGUUCAACUCUAUAUUUUUAUAUACAUGUAGAUACAAAACUGCUAUCUGUUCAGCGUUUACUACAGCAUAUAAAACUUUGUUGGCUUAGUUUAUACAAUUCAAUUGAUCUAUUAUUAAAAGUUUAUGAAUUAUUAUCUUCAUAUUUUUGUGACAUCGAUAAUGAAAAUAAAGAUACAACAACAUGUCCACCGAUGAUCAGGACGUUUUUUUCGUGAAAUAUGUCCAAAUACACGUUAUACUUUUUGCAUCAAUAUCUUAUUUGAUAUUCAAACCAAGAAUUUGGAACUACAACAAUAUAGUACAUCAAUCGCUGAUUGACAAUAGAGUCAUCAUGAGUUUACUCAAAAAGUCAAACGAUCCACUUAAACAAAAAUAUUUUGGUUAUAAUACACGUUUAUUAUUAAAUUCAAUAUCAAAAGACGAACAAGAAAAAGCGAGAAUACAUCCUAUUCCGCGAUGUUGCACAUUGCGGAAUCAGUUCCGGGGCGGAACUGAUUCCGUCCAAUUCCGGGAGCUCGAUUAUGAUUCUACAGAACAGACCCCAUCGAUAUCGAUCGAAUUCCUUCUGAUUCUAGAAUUCCUUCCAAUUCCCACUAAUUCCCUCUCCACUCAAUUCCCGGAAUUCGUGGAACUCGAUUGAUAUCGAAUAGGUCUGUUUUGCUGAAUGAUGACGGAGUUCCCGGAAUUGGGUGAAACUGACUCCGGAGACGAAACUGAUUCCGCAAUGUUCAACAUCAUAGAAUAGGAUGACUGCUCGAAAGGGCAACUUCUUCCUUUACAAAAUAUUAACCAAAUGUCAUUAAAUAUAUAAAUAAAUAUUAUGAAGAGCAUUCUUUAUUAGCUAAAACAUUAUCUAUUUUCGGUAUAUUUUUUAUGACUAAGCACGAAGAGAAAAGAAUUUCUUUGAUUUUAGGAAUCAUCGAAAUUCAUCAAAUUAUAUUCGAUCAAAUCGAACAAUGUGUAGCUAUUCUUAAACUUGAACUUGAUCACGACAAAUUAUUUGAAGAAGUGAUUAGUUUACAAUUAACAUUUGAAGAGAUUGUUUCCUAUCGUGAAUCACUUUUUGUUCAAAUACAAAAGUAUGUUGGUGGUCCUAAUUUCGAUGAAAUUGAAGAAAUAUUUGAAGAAGAAGAAUUCAUUCAUAAGACAUCAACACCAAGUCAUUAA